AUGGGAAAGUGGUCAUUCAGCGUGCCCGAGGGCUACUUUGACGACUGCGCCGCGCUGGCCGCCCAGCAGCCCGAGGGCAGGCUUACCACACAGCCGCUGUUCGCCCUCACGCCGCGCGCCUACCCGUCCGACGACCCCGACGCCGCCGACCAGCGUCCGUGGGCGCGCUUCACCGCACACGUCGCCGCGCUCAACCGCGAGGCCCCAGACGGCGUCUCCUUCAAGAUCCUCUUCCUGACGCGGCACGGCCAGGGCUACCACAACCUGCGGAAGCAGCAGCUGGCCGAGGACGAAAAGGCAAGACCGGGAGACUCCUCCCCCAACGAUGCGGAGUGCUUCGACGCCUCGCUCACGCCCCUUGGCGUCGUCCAGGCACGCGCCCUCGCCGCGCGCUGGCUCGCCUCCGUCGCCGUUGACGGGCUGCCGCUGCCGCGCACCCUCUGCACGAGCCCCCUCGCGCGCUGCUUGGAGACCUCCGCGCACCACCUCCGGCCGGUGCUCGCCGCCCACGGGCGCCCGUUUCGUCCCGUGGUCAAGGAGGCGCUGCGCGAGCGGUGGACCACACACGCGUGCGACCGGCGGCGCCCCCGCGCCUGGAUCGAGGCCAACUGGCCGAUGUGCGUGCUCGAGGACGGGCUGCCGGCGGAGGACGAGCUCGGGGCGCGGCCGCGCGCGGAGACGGAGGCGGAGAACAGGGUGCGGGUGCUGGGCGCGCUGGAGGACGUGUUUGAGGAGGAGGAGGAAGAAGAAGAAGAAGAAGAAGAAGAAGUGGUGGCGUGGACGUUUCACUCGUUGGCGAUGAGGGCGCUGCUGGGAGGGUUGGGGAUGACGCCGUUCAAGGUGCAGCCGGCGACGACGGUUGCGCUGCUGGUGCGCGGGGAGAGGGUGGCGGAGGUGCGACAGCACGAGGGGAAAGAUGCACGCUGA